AUGGAGAAUGUGGUUAUGGAAGCGGGGGAGGGAGGUUCUAAGUCGAAUGCCCCGCAGAAUGAUGAUGCAAGUGUCAUGAAUGCCUUGUACGAGCCGCCCCCUCCAUUAGCUUCUGACGGUGUGGAUGAUGCCUUCAUUGGCAUGGCGUUAGAGGAAUGUAGUUUACGGGAUGUUUAUUCGUACAGCUGCCACAGAUUUGGGGUCCGACCCAACGAAAACAUCCUGCGGCAACUCCCUCCUGUUGCUGGUGAUGAAUGGGUUAGAAAAAUAAAGGUACUCGACUUUUCCGCGGUGUACCUUGGUGGUAAAGGGUGCCUUUCGCUCGUACCAAUAAUUGAACGUUGCACGGAGGCAACACAUUUGAUGAUGCCCAACGUUGGCUUAACACACGAAGCGGCCGCGCCUCUUUUUGAAGUCAUGCGGUACCACCCCAGUGUGUCGUGGAUGGACGUAUCGAAAAAUCGCCUGAACGAUGAUGUGGGUCGCUGGAUUCUCAACGCCGUGAUCGAAAACCCGAGGAUAAGGUUCGUUCUUCUCCGAGAUGCGGGUAUUAGUCCACCGCUUCUGCAAAAAAUCGAAAACCGUUUGCACGAACGAAUGUAUGGAACGGUGGAGGCUAUAACUCCAUCCAUUCGCGUAACUUACGCCGAAGGAUUUUCUCAACUGUUUGAAUCCUCCCUUGGAACUGGUGCGAAUGACACCGCAAGGGUUCCGGUGCAUUACGUUCCCCCAUCCGUGGCUGCAGGUCUUGUGGAAUUACGACACCAACUGUAUCGCAAUGCCGAAUCCAUGCGGUGCGUUUACAACUGUUUUACCCACAACCUCACACCGGAGUCGGGAGGGUGCGCAAGCGACGCAGGGACAGACGCAGAAGAAUUACCGGAAACAAACAGUGAGGCCGGAUUCGGCGCCCCUCACCCUGAUCGCUGCUCGUGGCGGUCGUUUUUCUGUGGGCUACGCCUGCUUGGUGUCCGCGCCGUCUGCAAGUCCCUUGAAGAUAGCGUGGCCUUCGCCAACUUAUGCGGCAUAUGUAAUGUUGAGACCGUACUUUUUGGAAAACUUAUCCAGCUUUUGAGGCCGCAUGUGGCGAUUAAAGAUGAGAUGACGCCGGAAUCACCGCCUGUGCGCGGGAACACUAUUCCAAAUCAGUUUGCCGACGUCUCGCCUCCGUUGGAUGUGCAGCAGGGGGCAUCGAUGGAUGCAGAAGAGAUUCCAUCAAGGGAUCUAAGCGGCAACAUGCGCGCAGCUACGCCUGAAAUGGGGAAACCACAAGCAGAUACACCGUCUGUUCCUACCCAAGAGGCUGCCCGUAUGGCCUCCGAAGCGAGAUGCUCGCCACUCACCCUGAGGCCGCUGCAUUGCACACUUCACGAAAAAAGGUCGUCUUUAGGCCCAUCCCUUUUGGACACAUUCGUGACGACCCCGAGCAUUGCUGGAGUGCAUGCCAGUGGGCCCUUGGAGGCGCGGCUUCGGCUGGAUCGUACGUUUGAUUCACGGAACAAGCAGACUGUUGUGGACCAACUGUAUGAUGAACGUGUCACUCUUAGCGAAGUCUUCAAAAAAACAGGUGGCGAAGACCCUGAUGCAAGUGCCCCAUCUUACCUAGUGGAUAUAGAUGAGGUGAUUAAGCACGCCGUCUCUCGCGUAGGUGAGUCGAAUCGGGAAAUUGUGAAAUCUUUGGUGGAGCCAUGGGCUGUUGGCGUUGAGGAUCGAGUGCUCGUGAAUACUGAAGGUUGGUUAAGCUCCAUGUACGUUCCCCAAUUAGAGGCGUCAACGCUAAUGCCGUUCUCGUUUUCUGAAGAAAAGCUUAUCUGGGCCGGUGUCACGGUGGAGGAAUUACGAGAGUCAGUUGACUUAUGGUGA